UUGGGGUCGGUGAUAAGUCGACGUACACAACAGCCGAUGGUAAAGAAAAACAGCUUGUUCCACUUGGGGUUGCAGAUAAAGAGGACUCUAUAAAAGUGUCCUUGUAUGAAGUUGACAAAUUACCAUUAUUGAAGGCAGGAGAAUGCGUGGUUCUAUCGAACAACGUGUACAGAGCGGACCCUCAUCCAACAAUAGUGGUCACUGCAGUGACCAGAGUCAUGAAAACCUCAGCCUUUGCGGUUCCAGAAGAUGUCAAAUUAACAGCAAAGGCAAUUGCAAAUCCUGCCCCAGCCAAAAUCAUAACGAUCCACGAUGCCAAAAAGAGCCCUAUCAAAUCCUUGGUAUCGAUAAAAGGACGAGUUAUUUCGGAGGAAAUAAUUCGAACAGUACAAGUAAGAGGAACAGAUGUCCAGGUACGGAAUGUAAGGGUAAAGGAUGGAACCGAGGAAGUAAAGGUGGCAUUAUGGCGUGACCAAGUCGAUGGGUGCAAAGUUGGAGAAUUCUUGGAAUUCUCUAAUUUGGUGACCAACUCGUACAUGGAUGAGGUUUCCUUGUCAACAACACAAAGAACAAAAAUACAGCCAUGUGAUGCUCCCCCAUCAAUGCUAACAGGAACAGUCAUUGCCUAUGAAAAAUCUGAAUUUGGAUUUUCCAUUAUGGUGGAAGACGGAGACACAUUUCAGACAGUUGGUAUCCCCAUAAAUAUGGUCCGUGACGCUCUCGAAUGUGAUGAGAAUAGUGUUGAAGACACUUUAUCCAUUAGAAUACCAUUCAGUGUGGCAGUGGGAACCACAAACGGAAUUGUCUCUUCAUUUGCUUUAGUGUGAACUUUUUAUGCACUGUUGGUGAUUGCCAUCCUGACCAUAUUUUGGGUUUUUUGCUUUAUGAUUAUGCUUUUUCAUGUAUAUUCAGUACUUUGCUGUAUACUGUUAAUUAAGAUCUGAACUCAGAUAAAUGUUAUGUUUGAAUACUUUUCUGUAUUUGGAAUGCACGUUGUGCAUUUUGAAAUGUUGGAGAAUUUUAUCACUUAUUUAAACUGCUUGUUUUUUAAAUUUUUGUUGUCACUCGAUAUAUGAUAGAGAAUAUUUUGCCUUUUGACAUUCUGUAGUUUAUUGCUUAUAAUUAAGCACUUCAUUGUUACAGUCUGUAUGACUUAUCUGUUUUAAGUCAAGUGCAAUAUGAACACAUCAUUCACUGUAUGUUCUGACACAUUCCCAACAGCGUUUUACUCCUGGUUCAUUUAUUUUUCAAAAUUCAAAUGCACAUUCUGUUUCUUUUCCAUUAUUAUAAUCUACAAUUUUGCUGGACAAAUUUUUCAUCUAAAAAAAAUAAUUUGCUGCUCUAUAAUGUAAAACACCAUGCAUGCAUCCACAAUUUUGUUUGAUGUAAAUAUUUUAGUGCUUUUAUUUUUUUUUCAAAUAUUGGUAAAUAAUUCUUGUUUAUUUGCUCUUCUCUAUGAAGUUUCUUUUUAUACAUUUGUAUUUUAAUACAUUUUGAUCAGGUGAUCUGUUAAUAGGUGCUCUUCAAUUUUCAAAGGCUUCAUUUUGUAUUGGGACACAAACAACAAAAACCUAAUGCUUUGUUUAGUAUGUACAUGUAUUAAAAUCAAAGCAUCACUAAGCCAUAUGUUAGAGGUCCUCAACAUUUACCAAUAUACACUAUUGUCACUAUUUUCAGCAUUCCUGAAAUUUCUGUUAUGAUUCUCUAUUUUCCCAAUCAUGUUGCUUUAACUGGACAUACUUAAACAGAUUACUCGUAUUUUGCCAUGUAAUACAUGCAUUUAAACAAGUUGAUAAGUUUUAAUUGCAAAAAGUUCUCAUUUAUGAAUAUUUGGCUUCUUUAUGUAAAAAAAAAUAUUAUUUUGUUUUACAUCUGCAGUAUAUACUAAUGUUUUUAUACAUUGAUUUUUUUUUAUCCAAAUACCAUACUAGUCAUAUCAAAAUCUGUCCUCUUGGGUGAUUUUUAGUUUUAUAAUUUAUUGAUCUAUUGCAUUGUUUCAAAUGCACUACCAGUAUUUUUCUCAACAUGUAAUAUUACAUGUUUGCUGGGGUUUUUUUUGUAUUUUACCUAUAAAACUACUGCCCUUUUAUUAGUUAUCAAGCUUUAAAAUUGAACACAUUGUAUAAUGUGAAUGAUUAAAACAGGAAAAAUUGUUAUUGAGGAUUUUUAUAAGUUCUAGAACAAUAAAAAAAUUUAGAAAUUCCUUUAUUUUGAAUAAACAUAAUUCAUUUUUUAUUAAUUUAUAAAAAAAAAUAUUUGAUCUUCAUUCUGUUUAAUACAGAUUGAUCAUAAUUCAAAUAGUUUCCACUGAAUGCCAACUACAGUUUUAUCAUGAUCUUUUAAUUUAAGAUACAUGUAAUAUUGCUGACUAAUUUGUUUAUAUUACAGCCAAUUGUUUCUGUUUUUGUUCUGAUAUUAUAUAAUUACCAAUGUUCAAUUAUAUUCCUGUUCACUUUUGAAAGCUACACAGACUGUUUUUCAGAUGGUUUUCGGUCUUCCAUACCUUAUACCAUCUCUGA